ACCUUAUUAAGUUUUCGCUGGAACUGCUUUGUAGUGAAAAUUGAGAACGAGAAUAUGGAUGUACCCAUGUGCCAAGGUCAUGGUGGAGGGACAGGACAUGCUGCAGGGUGACAGGGUGACAGGGGGGAGUCGUGACUUCGGCCCCGUGUUGUGGGCUCUUUAAACGCAGGGCGGAGAGCAGAUUUCCGAUCGUCCAUGAAGAGGAUUACGGCUUCAGUUCUACGUCUGCUGCUACAUCAUCUCAGCUGAUCCGAGGAUUUCCUCUACAGGGAAACAAACAAGCCCUGUCAGUCUGCGCGGCUCAGUCCCACACCAUGGAUUUCAACGUCAAAAAACUGGCUUCUGAUGCCGGGGUCUUCUUCACCCGGGCGAUGCAGUUCACAGAGGAGAAGCUGGGCCAAGCUGAGAAGACAGAGCUGGAUCCUCACUUAGAGAACCUGAUCAGUCGUGCUGAUGGCACCAAGAACUGGACUGAAAAAAUCUUGAGACAAACAGAGGUGCUCCUGCAGCCCAACCCAAGUGCUCGAAUAGAGGGGUUCAUCUACGACAAAUUUGACAAGAAGCUACCCUCCAGGAUGACCAACCCAGAGCUGCUGGGCCAGUACAUGCUGGAAGCUGCCAAUGAAUUUGGUCCAGAGACACCAUAUGGUAGCACCCUGAUAACAGUGGGAGAGUACCAGAAGAGACUGGGAGGGGCCGAGCGUGAGUUCCUCCAAACCUCAGCUGCCACCUUCCUCACUCCUCUACGCAACUUCCUGGAAGGAGACUGGAGGACUAUAUCAAAAGAGAAGCGACUUCUGGAGAAUCGACGACUGGAUCUUGACAUCUGCAAAGCACGUCUGAAAAAAGCCAAGCAGGCAGAAGCCAAAGCAGCAGCUGCACCUGAUUUUCAGGAGACAAGGCCUCGAAAUUAUGUUCUGUCUGCCAGUGCAUCAGCGCUGCUGAGUGAGGAAGUGGACAAGGCAGAGCACGAGCUUCGUGUUGCUCAGACUGAGUUUGACCGACAAGCUGAGGUCACCAGACUGCUGCUAGAAGGCAUCAGCAGCACACAUCUCAACCACCUGCGUUGUUUGCAAGAUUUUGCAGAGGCUCAGGCCACUUACUACGCCCAGUGUCAUCACUACAUGCAGGACCUUCAGAGGGAGCUCAACAGAUGUGCUAAUGCUGUCGGUGCCGUCUGCCCCAACCCUGUCUCGUCUGCUUUACUGUCUGGACCAUCAUCUCCUGGGGCCACAGUUUCGUCCUUGUCCAGCCAAAAGCCCAGCUCACUGGCUAUGGAGCAGAUGCAGUUCCCUGCCACAGGCACCAGAAAGGCCAAGGUGCUAUAUGACUAUGACGCCCAUGAUGCCAGUGAGCUCUCCCUCUUGGCUGAUGAGCUCAUUACUGUAUACACCGUACCAGGAAUGGACCCUGAUUGGUUGAUUGGAGAACGGGGAAAUGAAAAAGGCAAAGUCCCUGUCACCUACCUUGAACUGCUGAGCUAAUGGACCUAUCAGCAGGACACAUACACACACACACUUGCAAAAAACUCUAUCUACUAUCAUCUGUGCAUUUAGUACACUUAGUGUAUUUUGAACCGUGGCUGUCUGAAACACUUAUGCAAAUCUGUCUGUUGGUUUCUAUAGUUUCUAUAAAUAUAGAUGACUAAAGAGAGGAAAUUGCAGGAAACACUUGUGAUUGUUUGAUGUGGCCAUGUGGGUCAUUACAAGUUUCCUCUUAUUCCAGUUAUUUGUAUCCAAAGUGUGAUAAGCUGCACUCUCUCAUUUUUGUUAUUUUGUUUUUGUGAAACUCAAGUCUUGUCAAUCUUAUGUGUGUUUUAUUGCAAAGCAUUCAAGAGCCAUGCAAAGACCUUGUAUAAUCCAUCAAAGGAUAAUUCAGAUUUAUUAUUACUUGGGUCUUAGUUUUGUUAUUUGGGCUAUCUUUUGUAUCUGUUAUGAUAAUGUAAUACUCACCAAAGUAAUUGCUGAGAUCUGGGAACACAGUGACAAUGAAAACUUUAACAGGACAAGAAACACAGGCAGUCAGACAGACAGGCAGACAGGGUUCACUUUGGCUGUCAGCUUAAACAGCCAAAGUGAACCCGGAAUGUCUGGGUCCUGCUUUACAUUUGUAAUGCAAAUUACAAAGUCUUGGAAGAUAACCAUACUCAGCAGUAUAUCAGUUUGUGUAGAUAAUGAUUUUAUGGUAAUAUUUAUUUUUUAAUGGCCCUUAACAAACACUGUUCCCAGAACCCCGAGACCAUUGUGGUUAAGUGUCUUCAGCUUGACAGAAUGAGUGGAAUGGCCACGGCCAUUUCAGACAUGUCUGUAGUAACAACAGGACAUGGAGCAGUAAAAGUUUGGAAACAUGACAUCUGAAGAGAGCAUUCCUAGAUAUCACUGAUACAGAAGAAACAAGUAAUUCUGAUGUAAGUGUUGCUGAAGUGAGAACUGUAGUUUCUUUUUAUGCUAACAAAUAAGAUAUUUUAGCAGAUGUUCAUUCAUCUGCAAAUAUGGAUCACACUCUUCAUUUUGGAAGACAAACAAACCAAAAACAGAUGAAACACAGCAACAGUCAGAGUUUGCACUCAGUUACAGAAGUAGUAAAGCAGUGACAAGUGUGUGUGUGUGUGUAUACACCAUGGCAAGUAUAAUAGAUCAAAGUAUAACCACACAGUUGGUCUGUAAACUAUGAUGGAAUUUUAUGGCAGAUACUUUGAGUAAUAAUUUUUUUACAAUUGUCCUUUAUUUUCUCUUCCAAAUAAGUUUGUUAGAUCUGGAGGUUUAUUGUCAACCUGUCAGAUUGUCUCUCUCCCUGUGUUUGUAAACCCGUGUGACACCUUUUAGUAAUGCUCCCAUCAACAUCUUAGCAAUUAAAGUGGUGAGUAAAAUUACAGUUUAAAAAACUGACCCAGGGUGUAAUAAACCAGAAGUAUCCUUUGUAGGAUAAUGUAGGGGAUAGUUGUGAUUUCUUAUAUCUGCUUGCUGCCACUUUCAUCUCUACAAUCUCCAGCUGUGAUAACAAAACUUUUUUUCUGUCUCAUUAUCUUUUCUUAAAACUCAGCAAAACAAUUUUAGUACAUCCAUCAUGUGCUGAGAAGGGCUUUUAACUAAAAUGGAAUAGAAAUUCUGAAUAUUUCUGAUCUUCACCCUUGCACUGCAACCCUCAUAGAACUAGGAGCAUCCAUACUGGGAGACUUGGAAGUUUCUGUUUCAGUUUUUUAAAUAUGGAAGUUAAUUGGUAAGCUCAGCAUUUUACCAGUGCAGUGGCACUAUCCGUGGACAAUAUACAGUGUGUGUUUCUAUAGAAGCCCAUUCUGGUGAUGUGAUCAUGCUUAGUAAUCAUGUUUUAUUGGUUGGUUGACAUUUUAAAUGUGAAUUCCUGAAAUGUUAUGCAGACACAUAAUAUAAAUGUACUUCCUCUGUUUCUCUACAGCUCAGUUCAUCAUGAAAUCAAAACUCAAAGUAUAAGGAUACAAAAUGAUGCUAGCCUAAAGAAAUUUUUAAACAAUACUAAUAAAUAGAUCACAGAGGCAAAAAAUUAUGAGAAUGUGGGUGGUGAAGGUGGAGAGAGAUAGCAGCAUAUAGUUAGCAGAAGUCCCAGAACAGCUAGCUAGCUUUGACAGCUGACAGACAACAGCUGAAUGGUACACACUGCUCCUUUAUUCUACAGUGCUGAACACUUACCAUACAAUGCCAGGUCUCCAUGGCUCUAACAUUCAGUACAUGAACAGUAGGAUAUAGUAAUCAUAACUUUCACCAACCCUCUUCAGAGAAGGGCACAGGCUGGUGGACAUCGAUCAGUGCACCAUAGUCCAACAUAACAAAACAGUGGAAGGCACCAGCUGUGGCGCUGUUCAGCAUUACAGUAGAUCCACGUUACCAAACUCUUGACUAGCCUUACUAUAUUACACUCUGUGUAACUUCCUUAAUAAAUGUAGCAAGAGAAAGUUAAAAUUACUUGACACUGAGUGAUUUAGUUUGCUGUCAUCAGAGUUGACCUGACAUGCAGAACUGAUGUUCAGGAAAAUAGCUCACACUCAUCAACUUGAAAGAAAGUGGAGUUUUGUGUGACCCUAAAUGUUUGUGUGUAACUAUCUACAAAUGAUGUAAGAUGCUUGUUUGGAUGGUUUACAUAAUCAGUAACAGUGCAAUAAGUGUGAGUCACAGCUGUGUGUAAAGUUGUACCCCUAUCAAAAAAGGCAAUUCCCAGUGUGAUUUCACGGUCACUCAUGCUAAUAUUAGAACUGGAGUACACAGUA